UUUAAAUACAUUGUUAAUCUUUAUAAUAAUUUGUAGGUUUGGUUUUUAUAGUUUAUGCCAAAACUUAGAUCAUGGUAGACUAUAAAAAUAAGAUUAUACUUGCCCCAAUGGUACGUAUUGGAACAUUGCCUAUGCGUUUAUUAGCUCUACGUUAUGGUGCAGAUAUAGUAUAUUCUGAGGAAUUAAUAGACUGGAAAUUUUUACGUUCCAAGAGAAGAUACAAUGAGAUAUUAAAAACAGUUGACUUUGUUGACCAGACAGAUGGAACAAUUGUAUUUCGCACUAAUGUAGAAGAAAAAGAAAAAGUGGUUCUUCAACUUGGGACUAGUGAUGCAGAGAGAGCUUUAAAAGUAGCUAAAAUGGUGGAGACAGAUGUGGCAGCUAUAGACAUUAAUAUGGGCUGUCCUAAAGAGUUUUCUAUUAAAGGAGGAAUGGGUGUUGCCUUACUGGAACAGUCAGAUAAAGCCCAACAUUUACUAACUACACUCGUAAAUAAUUUAUCUAUACCUGUCACUUGUAAAAUAAGAAUAUUAGAAACACCUGAGGCCACAUUACGAUUGGUUGAGAAAUUUAUCAAUUCAGGAAUCAAAGCAAUAGCAAUUCAUGGUAGGACAAGAUAUGAAAGGCCACAGCAUUUUGUUAAUACUGAUGCAAUUAAAUAUGUUUCAAGUAGGGUAUCUAUUCCAGUAAUAGCAAAUGGAGGUUCUAAAGAAAUUGAAAAAUAUAGUGAUAUAAUGAAAUUCAAAGAAUUAACAGGCUGCUCCAGUGUAAUGCUAGCAAGAGCUGCAGAAUGGAAUUGUUCUAUAUUUAGAAAAGAAGGUUUAUUACCAAUAGAUACAGUUAUAAAAGAUUACCUCAAGCUUGCUAUAGAAUUUGAUAACUCGCCAGCAAAUACAAAAUAUUGUAUACAAAACAUCUUAAGAGAUUUACAAGAAACACCAAGAGGAAGAAGGUUUUUAGAUUGCCAAACACUUGAACAAAUAUCUGCUAUAUGGGAAUUGGAUGGUUACUGCAAAGAAAAGCAACAAUUAUACCAAACAUUAGGUAUAAGUGGGAGGUGGCAGGUAAAUCCAGAUGACUUACAACCACCUAACAAGAAACUUAAAUUAGAAAAUGAUAACAUUAAUGAUGUAGAACAAAUGAAGGUUUGCUUUAUCCGGGCAAAUUUUACACAUUCAACAUUGCCUAAGUCAGAGCUGCAUAGUUGGGCUGGGAAAAAUGGACACAAAUUGCCAAUGUAUGAAACUCAGCAAGUUCAAAAACUGUUUAGAACUAUAUUAACAUUUAAUGGAAAAAAAUAUACAUCAUCAUUUUGGGAAAAGAACAAAAAAUUUGCAGAACAAGGUGCAGCUUUGGUUUGCUUGUUUUAUUUGGGUCUUAAAACUAAGGAUGAUUUAAUAAUGCUUGGGAGUAUAAUUAAUAAAUAAUAUAAAGAU